UUAAAAGUGGUGCACACAUGUUCAUAUAAACUAGUUCCAACUGCAGUAUAGCAUAUGACCCCAAAAAACAAAAAUGGCCCCUAUGCCUUUGCUUCUUUUUCUUCUUGCUGUUGCUUUUGCUGUUGUUCAAAGCUUCCCUUUUUUGGCUCUUUCAGUGCUUCUGGUUUGCCUUUUCUUUUACCUCCUCAACAUUCUAUGGCUAAAGCCUCAAAGGGUCCGAUCGAUGCUCCAAAAACAAGGUAUCAGAGGACCUCAACCUUCUCUUUUCUAUGGUAAUGUUUCUGAGAUGCGGAGAAUUCAAUCAGCAGCUGCUGUGAACCACCGCGGCGGCGAGGAGUUUGUAGCCCACGACUACACCUCCACCCUCUUCCCCUACUUUGAACAGUGGAGAAAAGAAUAUGGACCAAUAUACAAGUAUUCGACAGGGAACAAACAACAUUUGUAUGUGAACAACCUUGAUCUUGUUAAGGAAAUGAACCAAUCUACAACCUUGGACCUAGGUAAGCCAUGUUAUGUGACUAAGAGACUUGCACCCAUGCUUGGCAAUGGCAUUUUGAGAUCCAACGGUCAAAUUUGGGCUCGACAGAGGAAAAUUGUUGCACCUGAAUUCUUCAUGGAUAAGGUUAAGGGCAUGGUGGGUCUAAUGGUGGAGUCAGCACAACCAUUACUGAGAAAAUGGGAGGCCUGCAUUGAAGAAGCCCAAGGUCAAGGUGUAAUGGCAGAGAUAGCAGUGGAUGAGGACUUGAGGAGUUUCUCAGCAGAUGUCAUCUCUAGGGCUUGUUUUGGAACCUCUUAUUUCAAAGGCAAACACAUCUUCUCCAAGCUUGGGAUUCUUCAGAAAACCAUUUCCAAGCAAGCCUUUCUCUUUGGUGUUUCCACCUUUGGAUUUGUUCCAAGUAGGAAACAAAAUGAGAAGAGGAGGUUGGAGAGGGAGAUAGAGACAUUGAUUUGGGAGGCAAUAAAAGAAAGAGAAGAACCAUCAUCAACAAAGAAGGAUCUAUUGCAGCUGAUUUUAGAAGGAGCUAUCAACAACCAUCACUUUGUGGGGAAUAAUAAAAAGGAUUAUUCACCAAAGCAGUUCAUAGUAGACAAUUGCAAAAACAUAUACUUUGCUGGGUAUGAAUCCACUGCUGUUGCUGCCUCAUGGUGCUUGAUGCUUCUGGCUCUUCACCCCGACUGGCAAGCUCGUGUUCGCGAGGAGGUGGCUCUUGUUUGCCAAGAUGGUGUGGUAGAUGCAGAUUCACUCCCCAAAUUGAAAAUGGUGAGUAUGGUGAUUCAUGAGGCCCUGAGGCUAUACCCACCAGCAGCAUUUGUGUCAAGAGAAGCACACCAAGAAACACAAAUUGGGCACCUCACCAUCCCAAAAGGAGUCUGCAUUUGGACUUUGAUCCCCACACUUCAUCGUGAUCCUGAAAACUGGGGACACGAUGCCAACGAGUUCAAACCUGAGAGAUUCGCCAAUGGUGUCUCUGGUGCUUGUAACAAUCCCCAUGCUUAUGUCCCUUUCGGCUUAGGCCCUCGCCUCUGCUUGGGCCGCAACUUUGCCAUGGUUGAGUUGAAGGUUGCCCUCACUCUCAUCAUGUCCAAGUUUAGUUUCUCUCUGUCUCCCAAGUAUCGGCACUCUCCUGCUUUUAAAAUGAUUGUAGAACCAGGGCAUGGGGUACAUAUCCUCAUUCAGAGAUGUAAACAAGGUUGAACUCAUCCUUGGCAUUUUCACCGUCAAAGAGUGUAUCCCAAAACUUGUCCUAAAAGUAAGAUGUAUUGUGUAAAUUUAAAGUUAGUGCGACGUGGGUUAUACUUACAAUGUAUGUAGUUUGUUGAUUUACUUUUCUAGCUAGUGUUUUUAGUAAUUUUUAUGAGUAUGUAGUAUAAUUAUUGAGAAAAUUAUUUGCUUAUCAGAACUAUCAUGGCAGAUUAG